AUGACGGAUACAAGAGAUACGAAAAGAGUGCAAAAUCUAGUACGGAAAUACUAUUGUGGGCCUCUAGCUAGGUUAUCACUAGUUGGAUUAAUAGCUUGUCAGUAUGCUACACUUAGAACGCUAAUUCUAAAUGCAUUCAGGUUUAUUUUACCUUACAAGGCAGACAUAAGUUUCAAUAGUAUGUCAUUUAAUAGGAAUACUGUUAUGGCAGAUGCAGGAUCCUACAUCGCAGGAAUUCAAUAUGGCUCAUUUGCAAUCGCAGAGGUCAAACAUGUCUUCUGCCGCCUUAGAUAUAAGAAACAUUACGCUGACCAGAUAGUCGCAGACUCAGACAAACUGAUAUUAGGCAGAUUUACAUUCAGAGCAUUCUUUCUUAACCACCAAGAUGAUAUCGCAAUCAACCUUACCAUCUAUGAUCUUCUAAGUGCAGGAAUUGUUGCAGGUUUGAUCUUCUCACUCGAUAUUGCAUAUCUACAAGAACUUUCUGAGUCUUCUACCGAUCCUGUUCAAAAUGAUUUGGAAUCAAAAGCAGGACUUAAUGCUAUAGAGAAAAUCGUGGAAAAGCCACUGAAUGUACAAACUCCAUUGAACAUCGCGAAGAGCAAACCACAAGUGGAAGCCCGCGUUAAUACUCUUGUUUCACAACCUAUAUCAUCAGCCAACUCAAUUCGUAAGAUUUCUGGAUGUAUGACGUUUUCACUUGAAUACGAAACUUGA